AAACAAACCAAGCGUUUGUUCUCAAUCAUAUGAUUCAACGGCAGCUGCCCAAGCCGGCUCUUCCGUUGAAACUUUCAAAUUUUCGUCAUUGAUUUUUACCAUGACAGACAGAGGAUCACCGAAAGCAAGUGGUUCCUCCAACGUCGAGGAAGCUGACACGAGCGGUGGAGUUACCAUUGAGGAUGAGGAGGUUAUAGAUCCUGCGGACGACAGCCAGGGGGACACGUGCAGAGAGUCGCCAAACUCUAAGAAAGUGAAGCCAAAGUCUAAAUCUUACUUUGUUGACAGGAUACUCUUGGAGAGGAUUUGUAGGUAUGUGCGGAAACUUCAGCAGAAUGGAGACGAUAGAACGAUUCAUGUAAAUGAUGUCAUCAAUUAUUUGAUUCGAGCGUACCCUGAGUAUGAGAGGAAAAAGAAAGACAUUUUCAGACGAGCCGUUGAGUCGGCUUUGAAAUCAAUUCUGGAAAAUCUAACUGAAGAAAGCAGUGACUCUGACAUUGAGGCAGCGGAGGAUGAUGGAAGCCCAGAGGCAGUUAUUGCCGAGGCUAAUAAGAAGUGCUCCAAUAGCAUGUUGGACCAACUAUAUUUGAAGAAAGCUCAAGCCAGAAAUGAGAGCAAGGUGCAAGAGCUGAUAGACAUCACAAGUUCAGAAGAUGAAAGCCCUCCGAGGUCUAUUUUUGCUCCUCUAGCAGAGCCUCCAAGAGUGAGCAUCAUCAGAAACACAGUUGCGCCUCCUGGAAAACCUGCUGUUGCUCAAUCAUCUCAGAAAGUGUCUCAGGUACCAAAUGCAUCCUCAAGUGCUUCAAAGAAGCGUAAAAGCCCUCUUGAUGAAAGCAGCUCUGCGUCUCAAAAGGCUUCAAAUCCUUCUAAAAGGAAAAAAAUUGCUAAUGAAGCAAAGGUUUCAACUGUGACGUUUAAUGAUGUUGGUGGCAACGAGAACUGCCUGAAGGAAGUGUGCCAACUGUUAGUUCACAUCAAACACCCAGAAGUGUACAAUCAGAUUGGUGUGACUCCUCCAAGAGGGUUUUUGCUGCACGGUCCUCCAGGUUGUGGCAAAACUUUGCUCGCAAAUGCCAUCGCUGGGGAGCUAGGCAUCCCGCUGAUGAAAGUUGCUGCCACUGAGCUCGUGGCUGGUCUUUCUGGAGAGUCUGAGGAGCGCAUACGAGAGUUGUUCGAGAACGCCAAAGCCAUGUCUCCUUGUGUUCUGUUCCUGGACGAAAUUGAUGCCAUUGCUCCUCACAGAGCAAACGCCCAAAGAGAAAUGGAGAGACGGAUUGUUGCGCAGCUUCUUAUGUCCAUGGAUGAGCUAUCAUCGAGUGAUGGGCAGGUGAUUGUAGUUGGAGCCACAAACAGACCUGACUCGCUGGAUCCUGCUUUGCGCAGAGCUGGCAGAUUUGAUCGAGAGGUUUCUUUGGGAAUUCCAAACGAAAAGGCACGAAUCAGCAUUUUGAAUGUGCUUUGUGCCAAGUUGCGUUUCUCGCCUGACUUGAGCAUGGAAGAACUGGGGAAACUCACUCCAGGAUUUGUGGGUGCGGAUUUGAAUUCCUUGGCGCGAGAAGCAGCCAUGGCUGCGGUCAACAGAUUACUAUUUUCACUGAAAGGACAAGCAAAGUCUACUGCUUCUACCUCAAAAUCAGAUGACCCUGCUCCGACUGAAAAUGGAUUAGAACAUCCUGAAGAAUGCGGAGAGAAAAAGCUGAACAAACUCACUCUGGAAGACUUAGUGGAGUGGUUGAAGGACAAACCGCCGCUUACUCCAGAGCAGCUGGCCAAGCUGCAGAUAGAGCGGCAAGAUUUCAUUGUGGCCUUGAAGAAGGUCCAGCCCUCAGCCAAGCGAGAGGGUUUUGCCACCGUUCCUGAUGUCACGUGGAAUGAUAUUGGCUCUCUCAAGGACAUCAGAGAGGAGCUGAAAAUGACAGUUUUGGCUCCAGUUCAAUUUUCUGAAGAGUUUGAAAAGCUCGGAUUGUCAACCCCAGCUGGUGUCUUAUUAUGCGGCCCACCAGGCUGCGGAAAAACUUUGCUGGCAAAGGCAGUUGCCAAUGAAGCGGGCAUCAAUUUCAUCUCAGUCAAAGGGCCUGAAUUGCUGAAUAUGUAUGUUGGUGAGAGUGAAAGGGCGGUCCGCCAGUGUUUCCAGAGGGCGAAAAACUCUGCUCCAUGUGUAAUAUUUUUUGACGAACUCGACUCGCUUUGCCCAAAACGAUCAGAAUCUGGAGAAGGAGGUGCCUCAAUGCGAGUAGUAAAUCAAAUGCUGACAGAAAUGGACGGCAUUGAAGGCAGACAAGGCGUGUUUCUGAUGGCGGCCACCAACAGACCAGACAUUGUCGAUCCUGCGGUUUUGCGACCUGGUCGAUUAGACAAAAUUUUGUAUGUGGGCUUGCCUGAUGAGGAUGACAGAAUCGACAUCCUCAAGGCCCUGACAAAGAACGGAACACGCCCUCCAUUGUCUGAUGAUGUCUCGUUGGAAGAGCUGGGCAAAGACGACAACACGGGUGGCUACACUGGUGCAGAUCUGGCCGCCUUGGUGCGUGAGGCUAGUUUAGCGCUCGUCAAAGAGGCCACGUUAAAUAAAAGCUCUGCCAAAGCUCUGCUGGUCGAGCAGAGGCACUUCCAGACUGCCGUACAAAAACUCAGGCCUUCAGUUUCAGACGCGGAUAAAGUGCGCUACGAGCGGCUGAAGAUCCUGUAUGGACCAAAAAAUUAAUCAUUUUAAGAAAUAAUGCCUUAUCCUGAGAGAUCAGUAGCCCUCAAGCUCUUAUCUGGGCCAACCCAGUGACCUAGAGGAUCUGUCAAUAUAUAUUUAGUUUGCUGGAUGUAGCUUGUUAGAUGUCAUUUGAAUGUUAUCAAAAGAUUUCUUUUGUAAUGAUAAAAAUAAAAUCAUUGGUUUUAAAAAGAAA